AUGGAUAUGUACACACAAUUAAUUCAAUAUAAUGUUGAUGCUUUCAUUGAUUUGCAAUCUUUUAGAUUCUUACUCAAAGGAGAUAUCAAAAGUGGAAGAACUCAUUGUUUGAUUGGUGCUCCCCAGGAUCCGGGGCUACUAUUAAUUUUUACUGGACAUGUAUUUUAUAGAUUGGAAGAAUUAAAAAAGCUUGAGAAAAAUAACACUUUUGAAAAUAGAUUUAACUAUAAAAUGUUUCUAAAAUGCUAUCUAAGGGAAAACAAUUAGUAUUUUGAUGUGUUAACAAAUUGCAAAGAACCUAUGAAUGACUUUGAAAGUGUAAUUUCAUUUGAUUCCUAAUUGGCAUUUCUAAAAUUGCUUAGAAUUAUUCUUAAAAACAUAGACUAAAGAAAAUUUGAAACUGCUAAGGAAUAUCAUACAUAUUAAUAAAAUUAAGGAUCAUUUAGAUUGGGUUAAGUGACUUUUGAUUUUAUACUUGAAAAAACAUCUACAACUUGGUAUGGAGUCUAGGAAAUUAAAUGUGCACAUUUUAAGUUUGAAACCAUUGAUCUCUAAACACCAACUGUUGCAUAUGAUUAAGACAGAGUAAUCUACUUUUUAAAUCCUGCCUUAAAAUAUCAAAAUAGUACUAAAACAAUUCUAAGAGAUUCAAAGUUUGCUAAAAUUAGCAAGUAGACUGAUAAAAUAGAUAUUUAAACAAUAAAGAAUAAAUUUAAUUUUAUUUUAAGAUCGAUUAAAAUUAUUAAAAAUAGAGAUAUAUUAAUUCAAUUAUAAUUAUUAUUCAAAUAAUUUAGAAAAGAAAUUGAAAAGCUCAAUCUAAUAUUGGAAUUGAAAUCAGAUGUCAUUGAAUAAGUCCAAUAAUAGUUAAGAUUGGAUAUUUAGGCAAUAGGAAAAGUCAUCACAUCAGUUGAUGUUAGAGAAUUCCUCUUGUCUAAAUUUUUACUUUAUUAAGUAAAUGAGUCUUUCGACAUUUGUUUGCCCUUCUAGAAAAAAAUAGAUCUUAUUUUAGCCAAAAUUAGAAAAAUUAAGAAACAGAAGUUUACUUUAAAUGCAGAUUACAAUGAUAAUUGUCUAGAAACAAGAGUAUUUAAGGAUAUUAAAAGAAAUCUUUAAGAUAUUUUAAAUUUCAUUAAGGAUGAGGUUUAUAGUGAAUAACAUAGAGCAUACAAUUAUUAAUAGAUAAAAAACCAUAUAUAAGAAGACUUUGUUUAACAAUUGCCUGAUGUUCAAAUUGAAGAUUUAAUUUAAGCUGAGGUAACCUAAUAAAGUUCUAAUUCUUAAUUGCCUACAUUGGAACAAAAAAAACAUAUGAGAUCAAAACAAAAUUCUCUUUUAAUUGAAAAAUUUAAGAAUGGUGAAAAUGUAUUAAGUAUCGACUAUACUUUAAAAUUGAUCAAAUAAACAGCAAGAUCUCAUUAAGGUAUCACUACUACGAGAAGUCAUAUACCUCGUUUGAAAACAGAUAAAUGCAGUUUGCAGUCCUCAAAAAAGGCUUAAUUAAAAUUAAUUAAAAUUGAUACAACUCCAAGAGGUGUUACUCUUUAAAGCCCAAUGUUUAUCAAUUUAGAAAAUCAGAGCACUUCUUUGACGAGUUAGAAACAAAAAGAAUUUAAAUAACCUGAAGAUUAUAAGAAAUUAAAUAGUGUGAUAAACAACAGUUCAAAAAUAUUGAAUACCAUGAGUUAAUUGAGUAAUGAUUAACUUCAAAAUAGUGUAAUGUCUUCAGAUGAAAUAAUUAAAGGGUUUUAGAGCAAGGUUAAGCUUAAAAAAUACUAAUCUUUGUAUAAGAUGCCAAAUCUUUCUACAAAUUACUUAAACUGUUUAGAAAGGAUGGUUAAUUUGGAAAUUAAAAGUAAACAAUGAAAAUAUAUAAAUUAUAUAUAUCUUAUAUUUCAAAAUAA